AUGGGUUCACUAACGAAGGACUGUCUUUCGGAGCACGAUCGGCAAGUGUUGGAAUCGAUUUUGAAUCCAUCGCAAAUUGGUGGUGAAGAAUACCUGCUUCAAGAAGAGGAAGCACACCUUGUCGAUCCACAAGAUGCUGAAGGAGAAACUGACCCUCGUUUGAAGGAAUCUCAACGGCUUGAAAUUGAAGCAAUUGCAUUGGCUGGUGAUGGUAAAUUAACAGAGGCUUUGGAGCUACUCGGCAAAUCUAUAGAAACCGCACCGGAACGUCCUGCACCCUGGAAUAAUCGUGCACAGGUUUACUGUUUGCUUGGAAAGGAGUCAGAAGCUUUGCAAGACAUAGAAGAAGCGCUGAAGUUGUCAAAUAGCUCCGGAAGGACAGGAUGUCGUGCUCUUUGUCAGCGUGGUAUUCUGAAGCGAAAAAGCAACGACAUCGAUGGGGCACGGCAGGAUUUCGAGCAGGCCGCCAAGCUGGGAAGCAAAUUUGCCCGCACGCAGUUGAUUGAGCUGAAUCCGUUUGCAGCAUUGUGCAAUCAAAUGUUACGAGAGGUCAUGAAGUUAUGAAUAAAACGGAUGUAUUAUUUUGUAUGCCACGUGUAAUGAGCAAACCAUGUA